UUGAUGAUUGAUACGUCCUGUCGUUCGAUUAUCGAAUGAUGUGAGAUACAGUGUUUUUUUAUUAUAAAUUAUUUAUCGAUAUUGUAAAUAUAUAUGCGAAACCAUGUCAGACGUUAACAUGGAAAAGUUCGCGGUACCAGAAUUUGUACCCGAAAGAUACGUAAAAGAGUUGGCAAAGUCAUGUGUCGGAGGGGAGGAGCUAGCCCAGCAAAAGGAGAAAAUCAAAAAUUUAGCUGAAGAAACCGCAAGUGCCCUGAAGAAAAAUGUUUACGAAAACUAUAUGCAAUUCAUCGAGACUGCUACGGAAAUAUCCCACUUAGAAACUGAAAUGUACAAACUCUCGCAUUUGUUAAGUGAUCAACGAAUUGUUCUUACAACAUUAUCUCAAGCUUCGAUUUUAGGCAAUGAAAAUACGUUAUCGCGAGAGUCACUCGAUAAUCAUGACUUAGAAGCCGAGCGAGCUGAAGAAGAACGCAAGAAUAAGCUAAUUUUGAUAUCUGAAAAGGUUGAAAGUUGCAUUAAUUUACUGGAUGUUCCAGAAAGACAUUUGUUGCAUGAGGGUGACCUCUUAGAGAUUGAUGCUGAAGAGAACACUGCUUUACAAAGAAUGCAUGUUUAUUUGUUCAAUGACUGCCUUAUGUUAACCUCUUGGAUUUCAAAUCGACGUGGGCCAAUGAGAUACAAAUAUCAAACUUGUUACCCUAUUAGUACACUAGCUGUAGUCAAUGUGCGUGAUUUAGGUACUGUGAGGCAAGCAUUUAAAGUUCUAGCUUUUCCUGACACUAGAGUGUUUCAAUGUAACAGUUUAGCAAUAAAAAAAGACUGGCUCGAUCAAUUUGACAUAGCGAAAAAAAUGCAUAUUGAAAAAGAAAAUUCAAAACAAAAGAAAAAGGAUUCACAAGAGAAGGUUAAACACGAAUCUUUAGAAUCACCUAGUAUUUCUGUGGAAGAGAUACCCUCUCCACAAGUCGCGCCUCUUCCUGAUUGGCUAGCUGAUGUUACUGAGGAGUUAGAUGUUUUAAUUGUGGAGAGACAUUUUCAAAAAACUUAUGACUUGAUGUUGUCUGCUCAAAAGACUUUAAGUACAGAAGAAUUUAUAAACCAUCCACAGAGGGAUGACAUUUUAAAAAAGAUUGAGCAGAAACAGAAAGCUUUGACUGAAAUUUUACUUAAAGAACUAGACGUCACUCAUAAUUGGAGUCCAAGAGGGGGUUUGCGUUCUUCACGUCACCCUGUUUUAAUACUCAAUAAGUUUAACAUGACUAGUCAAGCUUGUGAACUGUUUCUAGACAUAUGUAGUCACACAGUCAGAGCUCACGUUAAGUCGGUACAGCUCGAGGGCUCUAUCCAUAGCUAUGUGAAACAAGUGGGAGAAGUGUUCUUCUGUUCACUGAGUGAUGCCUUAACAGAAUUUAUUUCAUUAUUCCCUAAAAAUAAAUUAAGUGCUUUUAUAGUGUGGGCUAGUAUGCAACUUAGAAUUCUAAUGAGUCAAAUUAUUAAACAAGUGUUUACACCACAGUGUGCUUUAGAAUCAGUCUUAGAGUGUGCACAAAGUUUGAGAGAGCAAUGUAAUCUUUUUUGUGAGUUUGGUUUAGAUUUAAGAUUUCAGAUGAAUAGCUGUUUAAGAAUGCCGAUAAUAAAAACAAUGAGAGAACACAAGGAAAAAAUUGUGGAUUCAAUGAAGACCAAGGUAAUAGAAGACAAGUGGACCCCAGUUAAUAUGCAUACAAAAGCGGGAGUCAAUAAAUUUGUAUUACAAAUGGAAAAUCUGGGCCUGUCCUUAGUUAGGUAUGUUAUAAAUGAAACGUGGGUGGAUUUAUCAAGUAGUACCAUCUGGUUUGCACAGUCAAUUCUAACUAUACAAAAUAUUGGCCUAAAAAUUGUUACAAAGGAUAUGAUGGAUGUUGUCGAUGAAUGUAUAUAUGCUAUAUUUAAUUCACGCCUUAUGUGUUCUGUGGGUAAUGACACGAGCUACGCUCAGAAGAAUUUUAGGUUUAUAUUGGAUACAGUAAUGCCACUCAUGUUGAAAAACUACAAAAAAGAGGUUGGUUAUGAAAAUGAGAAAUUAUUAGAUUUAGCGAAAAAAUUCGGUGUCAAUAUAGCACCACCAAAGAACAUCACAAAGUACACAAGCAAUGAAUAUUUAUGAGAAAAGUCAAGUCCAAUUACCGUUGGUGUGUGAAAAUUAUUUUUAUUACGCUGAAGCUUUAAUAAUGUAAUAUAUAGACAAGUAAGCAUGCAAGAUAUUUGUAAGUUUAUUUAAACUGAUCAAAUUAAAAUUUAUAUUAUAUGCAAGUUAAAUAAUAUGAAAUUUUAAUAAACCAAACUCAU